CUGACGUUACUCUUCUUUGGUGAAUGUGAUGUCUUUUCUUCCAGGGUCUCAGAUGUCCUCACACCCGUCACUCACAUCUGAGGAGCUGUCUCGGGGUUUAGCCGUGGAAAAGUUUGACAUGGUGAAAAAGUGGGGGAUCAACACAUACAAAUGCACAAAACAGUUAAUCUCGGAGCGCUUUGGCCGGGGGUCCCGAACAGUGGACUUGGAGCUGGAGACCCAAAUUGAGCUUCUAAGAGACACUAAGCGGAAGUAUGAAGGGGUCCUGCAGCUGGCCCGAGCUCUGACAGCCCAUUUCUACAGCCUUGUGCAGACUCAGAGGGCCCUGGGUGACGCCUUCUCUGACCUCAGCCAGAAAUCUCCAGAAUUACAGGAGGAGUUUGGGUACAAUGCGGAGACACAGAAGCUACUGUGCAAGAACGGGGAGACCCUGCUGGGAGCUGUGAAUUUCUUUGUGUCCAGUAUCAACACCCUGAUCAACAAGACCAUGGAGGACACGUUAAUGACGGUGAAGCAGUACGAGACGGCGAGGCUGGAGUUUGACGCGUACCGGGCUGACCUGGAGGAGCUGAGUCUAGGACCACGUGAUGCAGCCACUCUGUGCCGCAUUGAGGUCGCCCAGCAAAACUUCCAGGCACACCGCGUCAAAUAUGAGAAACUGCGAGGAGAUGUGACCAUCAAACUGCGCUUCUUACAGGAGAACAAGGUGAAGGUCAUGCACAAGCAGCUCCUCCUCUUCCAUAACGCCAUCUCCUCAUACUUCGCCGGAAAUCAACAGCAACUGGAAGCUUCCCUGCAGCAAUUCAACAUCAAGCUGAGCAGCGCGGCCAGCGACAAACCCUCCUGGCUGGAGGAGCAGUGACCGCGCUCUGUCCGUUUUGUGAUGGCGUGUUCUGUAUAUGUAAGCGUUGUGUGCAUGAAGGUUGUGUGUAACAUUACCGCGUGCUGGUGUGACUGUCCAUGUGUGGUAGAUUGUCCCUCAUUCUAUGUGUCUACAGAUGGGUGUGUGAUGGAGAUGUCACCAGAUGACAGGGUCCGGUAUACGCCAGGCCCGUGAGGUUCUCCGGCCUCCUCCAUAAAAAUAUAUAUAUAUAUAUAUGUGAACAGGUCACACUGCAGGGCUUACUCAGUAGUUAGAUCAGACAAGAACUUUAAGCUGCUCCCUCAUGAAGCAAUAUUAUUAUAUCCCAGUCGAUGUCCAUGGCUUCUCCUGCUGAGCCAUCUUCUCUACAGACCUUGUACCUCCUCCACCCCAGAUGUCCUCUCCUCUACACUAGACUUCUCUUCAGAUCUCGUCCCUUCGCUACCUGCAUACUCCACUCUGCUGUCCCUCAGGUCCCUAAAUUCCCAUUUACUUUAAUGUUUUCACAUAAAAUGUGGAUUUGAACUGUGGGGAAAAUCGUCAAAUACAAGAAACAGAAGUAAAUACCAUGGAAAAAUACCUGUCAGGAACAAAAACCCACAAAGAAAACUCCACUCUUAGUAAAUAAGGCCAUCAUCACUACACUGUCUUACUCCACUAAUCUACAGAUGUCAUCACCUCUACACUCCACUCUCCUAGAGAUCACAUUAUGACUACACUCCACUCUCCUAGAGAUCACAUUAUGACUACACUACACUCUUCUGUAGAUCACAUUAAGUCUACACUCCACUCUUCUGUAGAUCACAUUAUGACUACACUCCACUCUCCUAGAGAUCACAUUAUGACUACACUCCACUCUCCUAGAGAUCACAUUAUGACUACACUCCACUCUCCUAGAGAUCACAUUAUGACUACACUCCACUCUCCUAGAGAUCACAUUAUGACUACACUACACUCUUCUGUAGAUCACAUUAGGUCUACACUCCACUCUUCUGUAGAUCACAUUAUGACUACACUCCACUCUUCUGUAGAUCACAUUAGGUCUACACUCCACUCUUCUGUAGAUCACAUUAGGUCUACACUCCACUCUCCUAGAGAUCACAUUAUGACUACACUCCACUCUCCUAGAGAUCACAUUAUGACUACACUACACUCUUCUGUAGAUCACAUUAGGUCUACACUCCACUCUUCUGUAGAUCACAUUAUGACUACACUCCACUCUUCUGUAGAUCACAUUAAGUCUACACUCCACUCUUCUGUAGAUCACAUUAUGACUACACUCCACUCUCCUAGAGAUCACAUUAUGACUACACUCCACUCUUCUGUAGAUCACAUUAUGACUACACUCCACUCUCCUAGAGAUCACAUUAUGACUACACUCCACUCUCCUAGAGAUCACAUUAUGACUCCACUCCACUCUUCUGUAGAUCACAUUAGGUCUACACUCCACUCUUCUGUAGAUCACAUUAGGUCUACCCUCCACUCUCCUAGAGAUCACAUUAGGUCUACACUCCACUAUCCUAGAGAUCACAUUAUGACUACACUCCACUCUUCUGUAGAUCACAUUAGGUCUACACUCCACUUUCCUAGAGAUCACAUUAGGUCUACACUCCACUCUUUUAUAGAUCACAUUAAGCCUACACUCCACUCUUCUAUACAUCACAUUAAGUCUACACUCCACUCUUUUAUAGAUCACAUUAAGCCUACACUCCACUCUUUUAUAGAUCACAUUAAUCCUACGCUCCACUCUUCUAUAGAUCACAUUAAGCCUACGCUCCACUCUUCUAUAGAUCACAUUAAGUCUACACUCCACUCUUCUAUAGAUCACAUUAAGCCUACGCUCCACUCUCCUAUAGAUCACAUUAAGCCUACGCUCCACUCUUCUGUAGAUCACAUUAAGUCUACACUCCACUCUUCUAUAGAUCACAUUAAGCCUACACUCCACUCUUUUAUAGAUCACAUUAAUCCUACACUCCACUCUUCCAUAGAUCACAUUAAUCCUACGCUCCACUCUUCUGUAGAUCUCUUCUAUCGAUCUAAUUCUUUUUACACUUUCCCCUCCAUACACAUUUUCUCUCCAUGGUUCUUGCUCAGGUCUUAUCCAGUCUAUUGGUUUUAUUCUUUCCUUCCUGGGGUGUGAGGUCUCUAGUGACUGCGGCUGUGGUAACAUUACGUGUUGAUGCAGUAAUCUCCAUCCUCUAGCCUCGUAUAGGAGGUCACAUGGGGAUUUAUGAUAGUGCCCCCUCCAUUUCUUUCCUCUUUAUUGCCCCCUCACUGAUGCUUUCCUCCGGUUCUGCUGAGGACCUCUUAUUGCUGUGUCACCUUUCUCAGUUUCCCUCCAUAAGUUGAGUUUGUGGCAGUGACCAAUGACUCAGACAGUUGUUCUGUAUAUUUCGGAGGCUGGCUGUAGUAGCGGGGCAUUAGCUAUAGUUUAUAUAUAACUAGGGGGUAUGUUUUCUUUUUAUGUGGCACUCACCUGCACAUUGACUGGUGAUGUGACCGCCGGAUCCUUGUGUGUGUAUCCCUGGACGUCCGGUGUAUGAAUGCUUUGAACAACACUACGUCCUGGAGUGUCGGGGUCUGCACUCCAGUGAGGAGACGAAUGCGUCUUAUCCCACUACAUUUCAGUGUAUAUGGCCAGUUGGGUGCGCGGCUGGUAUGUGUGCAUGGGUACUGCGGUAUUAUUACACAGCGCAGUGUGUACUCUUAGGGUCCACCGCUAACCAGACUCCACCCCUGUGUAAGUAACAUUGGGCCAUGUGCUUGUUACCUGCCCUGUAGUACGAUAAUUAUUUAUAAAGUGAAAUUGUUCCUGGGGGGAAUUGUUUUGUGGUUGCGACACUCUUCCUGGGCUGGGGAGAACAACUCUAUGAGGGGCAUCAGGUUACUGGAACAUUUCUGUAAAGCUGAAUAAAACUAAUGAAGAGUC